GAGCCGCCGAUGGCGAUGGCUGCCGCCAGUCUCUGAGGAGUCUCGCAGGCCGACAGUCGGGACCGGAGGUGGAGAGCAGGCUGCCGGCUGCCUGUCGGAAGCGGCAGGGAGUGAGGAAGGGUGUCGCCCUGCUUGGAGCUGCCACAGGGAGCGCGGCGGUGGCUGAGAUUCCUUCUGCUGAAGAGAGGAAAUCUCAUCCAAGGCCACAAUGUCACUUCCCAAUUAUCCUAAUGCUGCCUGCUCAAGCUAACACUGCCAGAAUCCUGCUCCCUUGGGAGGAAUCAAGCUGACUUGGCAUGAGGUUCCUGCCUUCCUUUGGUUGAGAGAAGCACAACUAUGGCGUCUCUUGAUGACCCAGGGGAAGUGAGGGAAGGCUUCCUGUGCCCUUUGUGCCUGAAGGACCUUCAGUCUUUCUAUCAACUUCAGUCACAUUAUGAGGAAGAACAUUCGGAAGAUCGUGAUGUCAAAGGGCAAAUUAAAAAUCUUGUUCAGAAGGCUAGGAAAGCAAAAAACAAGUUGUUAAAACGAGAAGGAGAUGACCGAGUGGAACCAGGGACCCAAGGAUAUGAAUCAUUCAGCUAUGGUGGGGUUGAUCCUUACAUGUGGGAACCCCAAGAGCUUGGUGCUGUGAGAAGCCAUCUUUCUGACUUCAAAAAACAUCGUGCUGCAAGAAUUGACCACUAUGUUGUUGAAGUCAAUAAAUUAAUAAUCAGGUUGGAAAAGCUUACUGCAUUUGACAGAACAAAUACUGAGACUUCAAAGAUUAGAGCAAUAGAAAAGUCCGUGGUACCUUGGGUCAAUGACCAGGAUGUUCCUUUCUGUCCAGACUGUGGGAAUAAGUUCAGCAUCCGGAACCGCCGUCACCACUGCCGCCUCUGUGGGUCUAUCAUGUGCAAGAAGUGUAUGGAGCUCAUUGGCCUGCCCUUGGCAAAUAAGCUCACCAGUGCCAGCAAGGACUCCCUGAGCACCCACACCAGCCCCAGCCAGUCACCUAACAGUGUCCAUGGCUCCCGCCGGGGCAGCAUCAGUAGCAUGAGCAGUGUCAGCUCAGUCCUGGAUGAGAAGGAUGAUGACCGUAUCCGCUGCUGCACACACUGCAAGGACAAGCUGCUCAAGAGAGAGCAGCAGAUGGACGAGAAGGAGCACACGCCUGACAUUGUGAAGCUCUAUGAGAAACUUCGACUUUGCAUGGAGAAAGUUGACCAGAAAGCUCCCGAAUACAUCAGGAUGGCAGCAUCCUUAAAUGCUGGGGAGACGACCUACAGUCUGGAGCAUGCCAAUGACCUUCGAGUGGAAGUGCAGAAAGUGUACGAGCUAAUAGACGCUUUAAGUAAGAAGAUCUUAACCUUGGGUUUGAAACAAGACCCUUCACCACACCCAAACACUUUGCGGCUACAGAGAAUGAUCAGAUACUCAGCUACACUAUUUGUGCAGGAAAAGUUACUGGGUUUGAUGUCACUGCCAACCAAAGAACAGUUUGAAGAACUGAAAAAGAAAAGGAAGCAGGAUCUGGAGCAGAAGAGGACCAUGGAGAGACAGGCUGCUCUGGAGUCCCGGAGGAAGCUUGAGGAAAGGCAGAGUGGUUUGGCAUCUCAGACAGCCAAUGGAGACGUGAGGUCUCUUCCAGGCAUCCCUGCCCCUUUGCGAAAGGCUGAGGGCUGGCUCCCACUGUCAGAAGGUCAGGGACAGAGUGAAGACCCUGACCCUCUCCUCCAGCAGAUCUAUAACAUUACAUCGUUCAUCAGGCAGGCCAAGGCUGCAGGCCGCACAGAUGAGGUGCGCACACUUCAAGAGAACCUGCGGCAGCUGCAGGAUGAAUAUGACCAGCAGCAGACUGCGAAGGCCAUUGAGCUGUCCCGGAGGCAGGCAGAGGAAGAGGAGCUGCAGCGGGAGCAGCUACAGAUGCUCCGCAAGAGGGAGCUGGAACGAGAACAAGAGCAGUUCCUGGCAGCCUCUCUGCAAACACGAACUCGUGUUCUAGAACUCCGAGAAGUUAUACCCUUCCAGUUGGAGCCCAGCCAAGGGCCUCACACUGAUCUUGCCUAUUCCUUGAAUCAGGACUCCUCCCCAGUUCAGAGCAGCACAGCUCCUGAUACCCUUUCACCUGGCUCAGCUCUAGCACCCAUCCAUUUGUGGUCUGGGCCCCCAGCCCUUGGCCAGGAAUUCCUCCCUCAGAGCACCAUAUCACAGCAAAGUAAUAAGGCCUCUCUCAACCCAUUUGAUGAAGAAGACCUCUCCAGCCCUACAGAAGGUGCUAUCAGCCCUGCUGCUGUAGAGGCUUUCCUGGGACCUCCAGCUGCUGUCACCAAAGAAUACAAUCCUUUUGAGGAAGAUGCUGAGGAAGAGGAGGUGGCAGAGUUGGGGGCAGGGAAUCCCUUCACUGACCCAGACAGUCCAGGACCCAACCCUUUUGAUGAGGAUGACCAUCUCAGGCCUGCCAGCCCAGCUGCCCCUGGAAACCCUUUUGAAGAGUGCCCCUGCACCAACCCCUUCGAGGUAGACAGUGAUAGUGGCAUGGAGGCUGAGGAACACAUUGAGGAAGAGCUGCUCCUGCAGCAGAUUGAGAACAUCAAGGCUUACAUCUUUGAUGCCAAGCAGUGUGGUCGAAUGGAUGAGGUGGAGGUUCUGAUGGAGAACCUCCGGGAGCUGAAGUGCACCCUGGCUAAGCAGAAGGGGGGCCCUAACUGACAGCAGUGGGCAGGAAUGGGGCAGAGUCUUGGGCAGCAGGCUAUCAAGUGGUAGGAGGAGAUGGGCAUGCAUGUGAACGCACACAGGUGGGGGUGGAAACAGUAGUCUCUUGCUGUGUACUUUGAGGCAUUUCCACUAUAGUUGAACAAGAACAGGAAAAAAAUCGGCAUUCAUGUGCUGGUCUUUCUGUAUUAUUAUUAUUAUUUAAUGAAGUGUUCCCUUUUCAGGGUACUUUACCAUUUUAUUUAUCAAGAUACAGCUCUGUUGGGCCAGGGCAGAAACGGCUCCUGAGCACCUCUUAGUCCAUUUUCUGCUGACUGUUCUUGGUCAUUAUGCAGUAUUAUUGGGUAGCCCUUGACAGACCCCUUCCUGUUGGCGAGAUAGGCAGGGGCUUAGCAGAAGUCUGUCCUGACAUGGUUGCUCCCUUUCAGUAUGUCUCUGCUCGGACUGUCUCCUGGACACGUAGGGAGAUACUGCAGUGAAGGGAAAAGUCUAGACCCAGUGGGGACCAGUGCCUCAUUUCAUGGGUGGCAGGAAUGUUGCCAGUGUUGUCCCCUCCCAGUUAUAGGAAGUAAAGUUCCCAAGUGUGAGGGUGGUGGGCUGGUGGUGUCAGCGUGAGCUUGACUAUGAGAUAGUAGUGAUCAACUUUUGGGUGGAUGUUGUGGUUUGGGAGAAGUUCCUACUUGUGCAGUUGUCUGAUCCCCUAGAAACCUCUUCCAGGGCUUUGGUAGAACAACCACUCUAUAGGUCACAUUCAAGGGCCUGUUGAUUUGGGAAUUGUGACUGGGAAGCUUCUGUGGAGUAUUAACAGGUGAUGGAACACUUCUGAGUCAGGAGAUAAAUUCUAGUAACUUCCAAGGCCCUCUAGUCAGCCUUCUUCCUUGUGGUUUAUCCUGACCUGAGAAACUGGUAAGAUGUUACUUUACUACUUCGAAUACUGAGAAUCAGAAACAUUUGAGGCACCGCCUGAGAUCAUUCCACAGCCCUGAAGUACUUGAACUCUUGAUAGAAGACAGAAAGGGAAGUUAUGUGGCUUAGUACUUUGGUUUACAGGAACAGAUCAAUUGACAGAUGACCUUGUAAGAUCCUUGGUGUGCUCAGCUCUGGGUAAUUUCUUCAGUGAUACUCCUUAGUUAAUGGAGAAUAACUGUCCACUAGUCACUUUCCCUUCAGCUAACUCUGGGCCAUGUUUUUUGUUGGUUACUAGUGUAUAAGCUGAAAUUCUUUUGUCACAUUCUGGUGAAAGAUCCAUCUUGAUGGUAAGAAUGUUAUCUGGGUGCAGCUAUUGGCUCUAUUUUGGCAGCUUGAAUCCCAGUUCAUUAGUACAUGUUGGGGCUUUGGCUGGAUAGAAGUCCUGUAUAGGACUGUGGAAAGGGUUGGAGAGGGAGGGUAAGGACCCUUUGGGUUCUGUUGACAGAUGUUUACUGGCCUGCUAGUGGAUUACCAAUCAUCUGCCAGCUCUGUUGGUGUCAUGGGCUGUUCUGGCAUUUUAUGUUACCUGGGCAGGCUUCCUCUCUUUCUAAAGCCCAGUCUUCAGGCAUGCCUGGCAUACCCACCUGCUUGGUCUGCUUUUGUCUGAUGGAAAAGGAGGUAGCCCUAACACAAGAAUGAAGCUGAAUACUGGUUUUCACCAUUACUUUUCCUGACACAGAUCAGGUGUUCAGGGUGGUACAACUGUAGACAUUGCUUUUCUUAUAAGACUGGGUUUCUUAAUUAGCUAGUGACUCAUUAAAUGUACUCCCUUUUUGGAACUCACCCCAAGUAGCAGUCUGACUGAGAGCAUGGAGAAAACAAAUGCUUUUAAACAGCUAUACUUUAAGUCCCAACUGAAUAUUAAACCAAGUGAACUCAGAUCCCGGAGGUUUUACUGAUUUUCUCAUUGAAUUCCUCUUUGACCAUAUUCUGAAAGUCAGAGAUAUAACAAGAGAGACUUGUCUACCCCUUGUCUAUAUCACUUCCUAGAAUCCAUGCAGGUGUGUUUGGCCUGUGAGUGAACCACAGUGCCAGCUUUUUACCUUGUGUGAAUACUUCAUGAUUCCCAAGGUCCCAAGCUCCACCUCAUCAGUGAAGGAGCAUAUUCUUGACAGGUGUUGGCUGAUCCCUUAGGUGUAGGUCCUGUUCGUAGUAGAAGGGCUUCUUGCUCUGUUCCCUUCUAACACACUAAGGAACUGGAGCCUUACUCACUGCACUUAACCACACAUCAUGUCUUUGUUGUCAGAUGUUAAAACAUCUUUCUAAGUCAUCAUGAGCCAUGUUGCAUAGCUAUACCAUGCGGUUCAAAUUGUGGAAUUGGCCUCUGUACAAGGUCAGACUAGAGGAGCACGGUGUGCUGGUAAUCAUGAUGACUGUCAGCAAGAUGGUCAUUGACACGCAUGCACUACACUGGGGCCUUGUAUCAGAGGCUUUUAUUAAAAAAAAUAAUCAUUUAUGUGAGGCUUUUAUUAAAAAAUAUAACAUGUUCA